GAACUUUGCCCCUGGAAUUGACUGUUCGAAAAGAGAGAGGGAAGAAGAAGGUAAUUGCCUGGUGGAAGUUGUGGGAAUGGCGGCAGUUACACAUUGUGUUAUUUAAUGUAACGAGACGACACUCAGUAAGAAGAAUUAAUAUUGUUUUGGUCGAUAACUGUAAGAACUCAGAAGUUUUCGUGUCAGUGACGCUAUUUUCGUCAGACAUAGACAUAGUUGAGCCCGCAGUCCGGACUGAACUACGCAACACUAAAUAAACUUAAUUUUUAACUUUUUAAUUUUUAACACACACUGCCUGCCCAGCAUAGUGGAAAUCGUCUUUAAUUUCUGAGCGUGUUCCUCUUCUGUGUACUACGUACAGCCUGUGUGUCUCCGAGCAAGCGAGCUGAUGUCCAGUAUUCCCCCAGUGUCAUUUAAGAGGUCACUGGUGAGAUGCAGAUCCGUGUUGUUGAUGCAGCUGCAAAUGCUGGGCCACAGGUUCCUGCUCACCUGCAGAGGAUCUUCAUCCCACAGCUGACUCUCAGCUCCAUCUGCACACACAAGUUUGUUAAAGGGAAAGUUAUUCAGAAGUGCCCUUUAGUGGACUUGGACAAAGAUAACUAUAUUUUGAAGACUGUGAUACAAGAACACAAACCGCAGCACGAUGUGCCCCCCGGACUCACAGACAUCAAUGUCAUCUUUUUUGGCAAACUGGCCAAGGAGUUCUUGGAGACCGUGCAGCAGGAGGAUGUGGUAGUCCUGACGGGGUUCACGAUCGGCAGGUCUCCCACCGCCAUUAAAGACGGCCUCCAUUCCUGUUAUCUGCAGCUAGCUGGAGGGGAAGCCCAUGUUUACGUGUUUCCAGGCUCUACCCCCACCCCUGGCCUCACGACCAGCACGUCCACCAACUCCACAGGGACGACUGUGUCCACCUCUGAGAACCCAAAGCCAAAGUACACCUAUACACCACUGAAGGACUUAAAACCUGGCAUGAUAGUCAACAUCUACGGCGUGGUGACCUUCUUUAAGCAGCCGUUUCGGACUAAAGGGACCGAUUACUGCUCCACUCUGAAGAUCACAGACGAAUCCAGUGUAAAGAUAGGCUGCUCCGUAUUCAGCGAGAAAGUGGAGGAACAUCCGAAAGUAUUCAAAAACGGCGACAUCAUUCGUCUGCACAGAGUGAAGGUGCAGUUUUUCAAUGGCUCUGUGAAUGUGGUGACGAGCCUCGGCUUCUCGGUCCUGACUUUCGAUGGCAGUGUGGGCACCCCCAUCGUUCCCUGCACCUCGAGCAGAAACUUCCACUUCUCAGAGCAGGACAAGCAGACUGUGGAGAGGUUACGCCAGUGGGCCACCAACCAGGCCCUCUUGGCAGCCCCAUCGACUGUGCAGCUAGCCCACGUCCAGCCCAGCAUGUACUUUGACCUCACGUGUCAGCUCCUGGCCAAGGCCAAGAUGGAUGGCAGCUGCACUUUACUGAAGGUGUGGGAUGGGACCAGGUGUGCCCACCCUCUCUUGAAUGUAUUUGUGAAGCCAGAGGCCCUUGAAGGCAGUGUGAACGUGGCCAGCGGCACAGACCUCGUGGCAAAUGUUCUGGUCUACGACAACCAUGUGGAGGUGGCCCAGGAGCUGAAGCCAGGGACCUUCCUGCGCAUCUACAACCUGCACGCCAUCCUGCAGACCACCUCUACGACGCCCAGCCACCUGUGUUUCCACUUGCAUGGGGGCACCUCGUAUGGCCGGGGGCUGCGUGUUCUGCCCAAGGACAGUUUGGACCUGCAGCAGCUCCAUAGAACACUGGAGCUGGUGACCACCUCCUGUGAGGAGGCCUUAGAUGACCCCGUGGACAUUUGGAGCACGCCUCCAGAGAGUUUAAAUGCUCUUCUGGAUGAGAAAGAAACGGCUGCAGUUCGGACAUGUGAUCAUACCCUGGAGCAGGUACCGCUGUCCAACGUGAAGAGCUGCACUCCUCCACGCCUGUUUCACGUACGCGCCCAGGUCAGGAGUUUUCAGCCACGUAGACUGUACCAGGCCCUGAAGCUCCGCUGUCCACACUGCAGAGCCCUGUUUGACAUUCCAGACGAUGAGGCCCUAGCAUCCGUGUUUCAGAAGGCAAUUCGUGGGGUGCGCUUCGGCAGCCUAUCGUGGGCCGCCACUGGCUUCCUAGACUCCAGCGAAACUGGCCGGAAAAUUGCCAUUCACCUACCCAAUUGGGACAAGGAGGAGCUGAUCUUUCUGGAGGGAGCAACGCUGGAAGAAGUGUGCUGCAUUUCGAAGAACCUGAGCAACAUCGUCCCUGUGAGGUCGUGUGGGGAGAGCAUGGUCCCAAUGGACCUGUCUGUUCCCUUCCUGUUUCAGGGAAAGAAGCGCCACUAUGGGUGCAGAGAUUGUUCCAGCGUAAGACAUCUGGAGGACUUCACAUGCGAAGAAGACGAAUGGAAUGCAAAGCCCAUUUCAGAGGUUCUGGGGAUCCAGCCGCUGCAGUAUGCUCUGCUGAUGAAGAUGGAGCUGGAGGAUGAGAGCGGCUCUCUGGAGACCCUGCUCUGGGAUGAUGCUGAGAAGUUCUUCCAAGUUACUGCUGCCGAUGUCGCUGUCAGUCAGGAGCUCCAGAAUAAGAUCCAGUGGACAAUGAACAGACUGUGUCCGCCAGGGAGCACUAUAGCGGAGCGCCCCUGGCUAGAGCUCUGCAUUGCGGUCUACACUGUGGAGGAAGGUGGCCGCAGCACUGUUUGUUACCAAGUGCUCAACACGGAGAGCACAGGCCCCCACGUGACUCCCGCUCAGGAGUAGCAGCUUGGAGUGACGCUCGCACAUCCAGUGCUGUCCUAUAUCUUCAGCAGUACUGCGCGCUGUGAUUGCUUCAGUCCAGCUUGUAUUUUUGUAAACGCAAAGUUUAUUUUGUUAAUAAAUCACAAAUGACUG